AUGUGCCUCGACAGUCAGCUCCAAGAACUCCAGCUUAUCCAACACUCCCUCCUUCCCGGUGAAUCAUUCUCCUUCGCCCUCCCUCCAGAAGAUUCUAGAAUAUGGACCUCGCUACUCCACUCCUUCAACACUGCUGCUAGCACUACAAAUCUAUCAUCUCUGCCCAGCCCAGUUCCACAAGUCAAGUUCCAAGUGAAGGCUACGGACGCACGGAUCUUCUUCGAGGUACAGUUCCCAGAGCGAUAUCCGGAGGAUUCGGAUGUCGACACCGCACAGGUUCCCUUCAUCUCGGUCAGCGGGGAGGGCAUAUCCAGAGAUGACCAUUACCGCUGGCGAGCCCUUGUUCAGGAGAAAUUGGCCGAGGUACAAGGAAAUGAUUUUCCGAUCUACCAGUUGCUAUGCAUGCACUUGCUGCCGAAACUACAUGAAGACGGACAUAGUAGUGUUGGGAGUACGGAUAUCAUAGAACAACAGAGCACCAACCGUCUCCCAGAGCCAGCAGACUACCACACCCUCCUGACGUCUCAUCACCUCGUGUCCCCAACAAAACGGCGGUCAUUACAGCGAUGGUCCUCUGAACUUUCGAUAUCUGGCUUCGCCAAAGUUGGCUACCCGGGCGUCAUUUAUGCACAGGGUUCACAGGAAAAUAUACAAGAAUUUGUUGCCAGCGUCAAAUCUAUGCAGUGGCUGGCGCUAAGGGUGCGAUUCGUGGAACCCAUAGAUCCGGCCAAUGAUGAGCAUCAUCAGGGUUGGACUGAGUUCCAGAAGGUCGGAGAAGUUGUGGAAGAGAUGAAAAGACGCGGCAGGGGCAAAUAUAUUACAGAGAUGGGCAUCGGAAGUUCGGCUUUGAAAUGA